GAACAGCGGACAAGGGGUGACAGUAUCGCUGCAGAUCAGCGAUACGAAUACGCCUGCUAGCCUCAUCCGAAUACAUGAAUAGUCUAGUCUGCCUAACUCGGCUGUGUUACAGGUUCUCCAAGCUAUCAAUCAAGAAGCAGAAUGUCCCUACAAAUUCAAAACUUCGAAAAAGAUGAUAUUCCAGAAGCAGCUCGUCUUCAUCAACGUGCAUUCGCUACAGAUCCCAUCAUCAACUCCGUCUUUCCUGGCGCAGCACAAUCACCAGAAUGGCUUCAACACAUGUCCGACGCCCUUGAGAGUGCUUACGCCGACUCGUCGCAACAUCUACUGAAGAUGUCGUCCCCUGAUGGACAUCUCAUGGGCAUCGCUCAAUGGCACUACUGUUCACGUCACGUCAAUGGGCCCAUCACCCCACCCCCAAAUCCACCAGAAGGUGUGAACGUCGACCUAGUCAUCGCGCGUCGCAAGCAGCGGUCGGAGAAAAGAGCAGCGAUCAUGGCCGAUAGACCCCAUUACUAUCUAGCCAUGCUCGCCACAGACGCAACGUACCGUCGCCAGGGCGUAGCAAAGACCUUGGUUCAAUGGGGCCUCGAUCGUGCCAGCGCAGACAGAAUAGAAGCAUACCUGGAAUCAGGACCGGCGGCGCUUCCAUUCUACUCGAAAAUGGGCUUCGACAAAGUAGAUACCAUGGCUAUGGUGGGAGUGGAUCCAGGCGAGGAUGGUGUCCAGAAUGAGAUCUACUGCUUACUUUGGAGGCCGCAGAAUACCAACAGUCAAUGACUUCUGCUCGGCUCAACACACAGCCUGGCCAUAGAGAUUCGUCGAGUAUGCAACCUGUCAAAAAGCCCCUGAAGGCAAGGCUGAGGAAGGUGCACGCCGCAGAUAAGGCGGAGAUUAGCGCAAUGACAAAAGACCCAUGAUGUCGCGGUGGAUUUCUUUGUUUAGCAGUUAAUUGC